AUGAGCAACACAACGAGUCAAGGUUUGAUAGUCCACUGUGACGAACAACAAAAUGAGGAAAAUUAUUCUGAUGAUCUUGAUGAUUAUGAAAUUGAUGAAUCUUACUACUUCUAUGUCAUCAAUGCUAUAUUAAGUGGCACUGCUAGGCUCAAUGUUCUCUUGCCCACAAUCACAAUCCUUGCUUUCAGCAUUUUUGCACCACUCCUCACAGAUGAUGGUGAAUGCAACGCACUAAAUCGUUGGUUGAUGGGAACCUUUGUGGCUAUUUUGGCAGUAUCAUGUGUAUUCUUUACCUUUACAGACAGCUUCAGAAGUGGCACUGGGAGGUUAUAUUAUGGGGUGGCAACAUUAAGUGGGAUAUGGACAUUCAAUGGAGGAAGGAAGAAACCACGUGUGCCAUCAGAAUACAGAUUAAGGUGGAGUGAUCUAUUCUAUGCAACACUUUCGUUGGUGUCUUUCCUUGCUUUUGCAGGGUUGCACCAAGAUGUUGUCAAGUGUUACUAUCCAGGAUUGCCACGAAAGGUGACCAACACUGUUCCCCUUGUCGUUGGUUUUUUGGUGAGCAUUUUGUUUGUGGUGUUUCCUUCCAAGAGAAGAGGGAUUGGCUACCCUUUCUUGCUGCAGAGAGAUCCUUUUUACUCUAGACGUUAA